CCGCCGUCCUCUUCUCAACACUUCCGCCCAGGCUAAUCCUCCCCUGCGGCCAACGUCCGACGCCGGCCCUGCUCGCUCCGUUGCCGAGCCUGCUCGCUCCGGCCCAGCGCUCCGGCGCAGCGCAGCGGUGCCGCAUGCUGUCCCAGGAGCCGGGCUUCUGGGGCAGACUUCUGUUUGGGAGAAGCGGCGCGCCCCCGCCGCCAGCGCGCUGCGAGGAGAGCGGCUCGUGCACCAUCCGCGACCUGCGCCCGGUCUUCGAACAGUGGGAUAGCGACCAGAGUGGCACGCUCGAGCUGGACGAGCUGCGGCGGGGCUUCCUGGCCGCGGGCAUCGAGCCACGAGACUGGGACGCGGCAUUUGGAGCUCUCGACGCUGAUGGGGACAUGCACAUCACGUUCGAAGAGUUCGAGGCGGGUCUGGGCCCCGAGCAGAGAGCGCGCAUCGAGGCGAAGCUCAACGCGGACGGCGUGAUGGCCUCCCUGUAUGUGCCACCCGAGAAGUGGGAGGAGGCGCGCACGGCAGCCGAGCGGCAGCGGGAGGAGUGGCUGCAGUUUCAGGCGCGGAGAGAGGGCAACGGGGUGAAGCAAAAUGAGAUCCUUCGCCGAGAAAUGAACCGGCCGUGAGCCCUAGCGUGAGCCCGUCAAGGGUGAUUCACACACUGAGAAACGGUGACCUGGUCUG